AUGGAGUCCAUCUAUGAGAAGAACCAAACAGUGGAGGGCGUCUCGACCGAUCUCACCCCUUCGGAAAGUUCCCAGAAUGCCGUGGUCAUCGAACAGCCAAACGCUCGUUUUGGCCACGAAGGGCUGAAGCGCAAGUUGUCUAGCCGCCAUGUGCAGAUGAUUGCAAUCGGAAGCAAUAUCGGAACUGGUCUUUUCAUCGGUACUGGCUCAGCACUGAAACGAGGCGGCCCUGCGGCCGUCGUGAUUGCAUUUUCUUGCAUCUCGAUUGCCCUUUACCUGAUGAUGGCCUCUCUGACAGAGCUCGCGGUUCAUUAUCCAGUCUCCGGCUCUUUCGUCUCUUACGCCUCUCGAUUCGUUGACCCUGCGCUCGGUUUUGCUGUAGGGUGGCAGUACUGGGGUUGCUGGAUCGCCGUGUUCGCUGUGGAGGCUACCGCGUUUGCAAUCAUCAUCGAUUACUGGAACCAUCCAAUGCCGACGGCUGCUGCAAUCACAAUAUUUCUGGGCAUCACUUGCUUCAUCAACUUUAUGCCCGUUCGGGCCUUCGGCGAAGCAGAAUUCUACACCUCCAGCAUCAAGGUCAUCUCGGUCAUCAUGUUCAUUAUUGUUGCCUUGGUCCUCAUCGGCGGCGGUGGUCCGACAGGUCAGAAAUAUGACGGUAGUUACUGGCUGGACCCUGGAGCUUUUGCUCAGGGGUUCCAUGGCAUGGCUGCAGUCUUUGUAACAGCUGCAUUUGCUUGUGGUGGAAUUGAAAUUGUCGGUGUCAUCGCCGGAGAAAGUGCCUCGCCGAGACACAACAUUCCGCGGGCUGCCAAAACCGUUUGGAUUCGCAUAUUUAUCUUCUACGUUAUCACUUGCAUCCUGAUCAGCAUCCUGGUGCCUUACACCGACCCCAACCUCUUGGGAGGCACGGACGUCAACGCCUCGCCAUUUAUCGUCGCCAUCAAGCGCGCCAGCAUCAAAGCUCUUCCAGAUGUGCUCAAUGCCAUCAUUCUUAUCUGCGUGUGCAGUGUUGGAACAUCUUCCUUGUAUGCGUCGUCACGGAUGCUUCUGUACAUGUCGACAGUCGGAAUGGCUCCUCGAAUCUUCGGCAAAACCGAUCGCCAAGGCCGUCCGAUCACCGCGCUCAUCCUCACCACACUCGUCGGCGUCGGCCUCAGCUACCUGAAUGUCUCCAAAACAGGAGCUCAGGUGUUCGGCUGGUUCUCGUCCCUCUCGGGCACUGGUUUCUUCAUCUUCUGGCUCACGAUCUUUCUGUGCAACUUCCGUUGGCGGGCCGCACAAAAGGCUCAAGGUGUUGACAUGCUGCAUGAAGAACAAUACACAUACAGGCAGUGGGGAUACCCAGUCGCUCCCGCCAUCGGCUUUCUCCUUGUGGCAUUCAUGCUUAUUUGCAACGGGUAUACUUCCAUCUGGCCGCUCUCAGGCAGUCCGAACGCUACCAACUUCUUCGCCAACUAUUUGGGAGUGCCGGUUUUCAUCUUCAUGUGGGCUGGGUGGAAACUGUGGCACCGGACCUGGUGGUUCUGCAUCCCGAGUACCCAGGUCGACUUGUCCAUUGACAGACGUCGUCUGCGGGACCAUCCGGAUGAGAAGGAGUUCUUGGAUGAGUACACUGCUCUGCCUCGCUGGAAGAAGGUCAUGUCGUACAUUACGUUCUGA